AUGGACAAUGGUAAAAUAGUUCGCAAUGGUAAAGCAGAUUGUAAAUCACGCCUCGGAGGUCGAAAAAUGCAAUAUGAGAGGAGAGGAACUAAUAAAAGGCAUGCUGAAUUGAGAAAGGAAGUUUUAAGAAAAGCAAAGUUAAAGGAGUUUGGAACAAAAAAAAGGAGCAAUAACAACCAUCCAACACAAUAUGAAUUGAAUAUUAGAGAAGGGACCGAUGACGUCACUCUUGAGUUAGAAUUUUCUGCAGAGGAAUGGGGAGAUGAUGAUGACAGUGGAUGGGAGGAUGAGUUUGAUUUAGAAAAGGAAAAAAAUACUCAAUCAAAAUUGAUGAUGAUUGAGUUAGAGUGGGAUGUAAAUAACGAAUUUGAAAAAAAGAAACGAGGUCCAUAUAGUGCAUGUAAGACACCAAAAUCAACAUAUUAUGAUAAGUGGGGACCAAGUGGCUCAUUUACCAAAGCGGCAUUUGGCACCUCAAAGAUCACAAGUUUUUUUCCCGUAUAUAAAGCUCAAUCUAAUACCGAUCAUAAUAUUGAAAAUGAAAGUGAACAAAGUGGAUCAGAGGAAGAAAACAUAUGUAAAGUGACUAAUAUUGAUGCAAGAAUGAAGGCUUUGAAAGAAGAAUUAGGAAGUCAGCACAAUAAAAUGAAGGUUAAUGAAUACAAUAAGAAACGAGCAAUAUUUGAGUAUUUGAAACUAUCAGAUGAAAAUGGUGGUGGGAAAAUGGAAGCAAGUUUAAAUGUUGCACGUAUGGUUUUUGUUGAUGGUGGAGUUUGGAAAGCUCGUCAAAUACGAAAUUGGGCUAAUUAUUGGCUUCUUCAUAAUGCACUUCCUAUAUCAUAUCAAGGAAAGCAUCAAAAAACCAUUCGAUUAAUUGAUGAUGAAGAUGUUGCUUAA